AUGUCCAAGCGCAAGUACGGGAGCCCCAAGGCCCCGAAGGCGGAGGGCCUUUUACUUUCCAAACACAUGCGGUAUUCGCAGGCGUGCGACCGGUGCCGGCUGAAAAAAGUACGCUGCGACGGCGUCAAGCCCGUCUGCGGGGCUUGCCGCAAAGUCGGCUUCCAGUGUCGCACCAGCGACAAACUUACCCGGCGCGGGUUCCCGCGCGGAUACACGGAGAUGCUUGAGAAGGAGGUGGUGCGGCUGCAGCAGCAGCUCGGCGGCAAGGGGACCGGGAUCGGGGCCGAGGUCGGGGCCGAGACCGGGGCCGAGGCCGGCGAUGACGUCGGCGGCUCGGCGGCAGCAUUGGCUGCGACGGUGACCGUGACGGACCACGACGGCGCUAGCGCGGACCGGCGUAGCCGCGGAAGUGACGCGUCGGCGGCUACGCCGGCCGAGGGCCAACUCGUGUUCGUAAACGACUCGUUCCAUCUGUAUCGCAACUACGUCGCACCCGAUGGCACGUACCUGGGCAACGCGACCUGGAGCAAGAUCACACGCCAGCGCCGGGACGGCAGCGGCCGCGUCGACGCAGGCGUUGACGCCUGGCUGUGCGAGUUUUUGACGGCGCGGUUCCAGGUCUCGCACGGGUCGCUGCCGGCAGCGCUGCUGGGCAAGUACCGUGGCGACGUAAAUACGACGCGGCGUCGCGUCAAGCGGUGCGUCGCGCACUUCUUCAAGUGCACCAUGUCGCUCGUGCCAGUGCUCUACGCGGACGCGUGGAGGCAGCAGCUGUUUGCAGCGGUCGCCGGGACGGCGACGCCGACGGCGACGCCGACGGCCCCGGCGCUUCUGGCGCUCCUGUUCAUCCUGCAGUGGCAAUGGCGCUGUUUCGACUCCAGAAAACUGUUCGUGGCCACGAAAUUCGUGUGUCUGAACUCGUCGCACCGGCUGCAGAGCCUGCAAUGUCUCUUGCUCGCGGCUUACUACUUCCUGGGUGCGCCGCUUGCACGCGGCGCACCGCCCGCGUACUCGGUCUCUGACGCAUGCGAAUUGCUGCGGCUCGCGUUCGCCUCGGUUCUCGACUUAGGGCUGUUCAUCAACAGCCACAAGCUGGUCCCGCUGGCGGAGACCACCACCACGGGCGGCGCGGAUUUGCAACCCGAAGAACGGCUCGUCACGUUCUGGUGCUUCCAGUUCCUCGACUCUUGGUCCACGCUGCUCGCAGGCACCCCCAAGUACAAUUUCAUCAUGGACGAGUUUCAGCCGCCCUCGUUGGCGUCGCUGCACAACGCCAAACUCAAGCCUUUUGAGAUUCUGCUUAAUUUCGUGGUCGGUUCUCUCGACGGCUGCAAUUUGCUGUAUUCCGUCGCGCAGGAAAACACGCACGCGCUGCAGCAGCUCAUCGAGGCUUUCAAAAGCGUGCUUGUCAAGUACAACUUGUACCACCAGUUGCAGGACCACGAACCUUAUUCCCUGCCCAGCAUCGUCACCGAGUUUGACACUCCGCAGUCGUCAGAGGUCCAGUUGACCCUGUAUUACCUGAUCAUGAAAUUGCUCACGCAAACCAAAAGCCCAGCGCCGCAAACAGAACACGCGCCUCCGCCCGAAGACACCGCCUACGAGAUUCUAACACUCUACUAUCUCGUUCUAGUCAACAAGAUUGACCCCAAGGCCCAAUUACCCCAGCAAUUACAAAUUUCCCAUUUCAUGCCCUGUAACAGCGUCGACGUUAUUCGAAAGUGUCUGGAAACCCUCUUCGCGUGGGCCACCUCCGUGCAACACACAGACUCGCAACUGAAUCUGCGAUUCGAAAAGUACCAAUCAAUCGUCAGCGCAUGGUGCAAAUUGUGGUACCAGGAUGAACCCCACGACGAUUUGCUGAACAGGCUUCGUACCGUGUUCAAGUUCAAUUUGACCCUACCACCAGGCAGGUUGGGGUUCAUCUAUGAUAAGACCGAUUACUUGAAUUCGCUGUCCGUCACCACCGAAAUGCCCAUUGGCAAAGUGCUGUUCCCAGAUUUUCAACCUCAGAGCUUGCCUGACGGUUUCAACAUUUUUGCCAACGACACGGUCGCACCGUCGUCGCUGCCUCUGCCAUCAAGUGCCAGCCUUCUGUUCGGUACAGAUAACGGACAAGAAGAAGACGAUGGAUAUGCAGAGGACGACGAUGACGAUGAGGAAUUCCCCUUGGAAAUCCCCUUCACCAGGAAAAAACAUCCGGCGUCGAAAUCGCAUCCAAUACCGAAAAAUCCAAUGCUGAUGCGAAGAGCAGGGUCUCUUUUCGAACAUCGGAAUUCGGGUCCCGUAACGAAACGUGCACCAGUUGCACGGGCCAACUCCGAUUUUGUCAUGCCGGAUGAGAAUCCAAGUCUUUUGAGCAAUCCUGAACCAAGUACCAGCAUCGAAUUGCCUGACGAUAAGCAAACUGAAAGCCAUAAGAAUCCAACCGAUCAUUACGCUCUAGUCCAAGGCGAAAAGCCUUCCCCACAAGAAGUGGGCACACCACGUUCAUUUGUCGAAAUGUUAAAUUUACCCAUCACUGAUGACAAAGAAAAGCUUGCCUCAUCAAACGUGGAUUUGAAAGGAUUUCGAAAGGAAGUGCAUAAUACUUCUAAUCAGAUCAAUAAAUAG